UUCCAUUUUACUUGUUCCUUCCGCCGUGACUAGGGUUUCUACUUUUUAGUUUCUGCGACUUGCAAGAGCGGUUUUUUAGUAUUCGUUCCCCCGCUCUGCAGGUCUCUUUUCUCUCUUUCUCCUCCUUUAGUCUUCUCCUGUAUCUUUUCGGCGGCUGAAACCCUAAUCUAAUUUGGUUGUUUAUUUCACUUCUUCGAUUUAUUUUUUCCCUUUUUUAUUCAUCCAUUUGGUGAAACCCUAACCAAAACCCUAGUUUUAUUCAGGAGAAGAGAAAGUUACUUUUCUUGCUCCUAUUUAUCUUUGAUUGGUUAUUCUUAGACCUCAUUCUCUGUUUAGUGGUUUUGGGGUGUCUUUCCAUCAGUUUAUAGCAAUGCAAGAUCCUGGAUCUCAAGACAUCGUUUCAGAUGAUGGAGCGCAGCCUAACGAAGACAGUGUAGCAGAGAAAUCUCCAGCGGAUGAACCGGAGGGUGAGAAUUUGGACGACGAGCCUGUUCUUGACGUGUCGGGUAAAACGUGGGAGCUUUCUCUCUUUGAUUCUUCCAAGAAUUCAAUAAGGGGAUUGUAUUUGUACAGAAACGUUUUUAACUUAAUUCCUCGAGCGCUUGGAGGGCUCGAGCGCUUGAAGACCCUGAAAUUCUUUGCAAAUGAAAUUAAUUUGUUUCCGUCCGAGGCCGAGAAUUUGGUUGAGUUGGAAUGCUUGCAAGUAAAAAUAUCAUCACCUGGACUGUCAGGUCUGCCGCUGCAUAAGUUGAAAGCUUUGAAGGAGCUGGAGCUCUGUAAAGUUCCCCCGCGCCCAUCGUCAUUUCCUAUUCUGAGCGAGGUUGCUGGCCUGACUUCCUUGACUAAGCUAUCUUUUUGCCACUUUUCUAUAAGAUACCUUCCUCCGGAGAUUAGCUGUCUUAGUAAGCUGGAAUACUUAGAUCUUUCAUUCAAUAAACUGAAGAGUUUACCUAAUGAGGUCACUUUCUUAAGUGCUUUGAAAUCACUGAAAGUUGCGAACAAUAAAUUGGUGGAAUUGCCCUUAGGGUUGUCUUGCUUGCAACGUCUUGAAAUCCUGGAUCUGUCUAAUAAUCGGUUGACUUCAUUGGGCUCUCUCAAUCUUGCCUCGAUGCACACCCUCCAGAAAUUAAAUCUUCAGUACAAUAAGCUUCUUGAUUAUUGUCAAAUUCCUUCAUGGAUAUGCUGCAAUUUGGAAGGGAAUGGAAAAGACACAUCCAAUGAUGAAUUCAUCAGCUCUUCAGUUGAGGUAGAUGCAUUUGAUGCUGCUAUCAAGAAGGUUGAUGCAAGUAGUUCUUGUAAUGGUUCAUCUGGUACCUCUUCCAGUAUGUUGUCUGAGGUCUCAUCAAAUGGUAGAUGUUCUGCUUCACGAAGGACGAGAAAAGGGUCAAAUUGGCGUGAUUGUUUGCAACAGAGAGCUCGCCAGGAGCGUUUAAACAAUAGUAGGAAGCUGAGAGUUGAAGAUCAUGACCAGAUAAUGACUACAGAGGUUGCUAUGAAACGCAAACCGUGCGAACUACAUGUGGUUGCCUCUGAUUCUAUUGCUGAGUGUGCAUCAAACAUUGUAAAAGAUAUUGAUGAAGAGAACACAAGGAGAGUUGCUAAGGAAAUCAGUUCAAGUAAGGGGCCUUCUGGAGAUAACUGCUCGUGCAUUGACUUUGAUGGUCAAGAUGAGGACUCAUCAUCAGAGGUAUCCAUAAACAUUUCAAAGCCAAAAAGGCAUUCAGAUAGGGAUCUUGACAAUCCUAAACCUAGCAAAUCUAGGAGACCUUUCCCUGAUCACUCAAAUUUGUCCUGCAAAUAUAGCAGCAUAUCAUUCUGUAGCAUUGAUGAUCGUCUACCAGAUGGUUUUUAUGAUGCAGGGCGUGAUCGCCCUUUCAUGCCACUGGAGAAUUAUGAGCAGGCUCUAUGUCUUGAUUCACGGGAAGUAAUUCUUGUGGACAGAGAAAGAGAUGAGGAGUUAGAUGCAAUUCUAUUGUCUGCUCAGGCAUUGGUGUCUCGUUUUAAGCAGACAAGUGGUUCGGUUGAGGACAGGGAUCAUGAUGCUGUUGAUAACUUGCGGGUAGCAUCAUGGCUUGCUCUAUUUGUCUCAAGUUGUUUUGGCGGUAGUGAUAGAAGUUCUAUCAUUGAGAAGGCACGGAAAUCUGUAUCUGGUUCAAAUUAUCAGAAGCCAUUUGUAUGUACCUGCUCAUCUGGGAAUAGUGAUGAUAAUAGGACACCAAUCAAACACGCUUCAGCAACGUCAGAUUGUAAUUUCAUUGAACUUUGUGAGAAAUCUCUUCGAUUUAUCAAAGAAACACGGAAUUCCAACAUUGUUCCUAUUGGGACUCUGCGUUUUGGUGUUUGUAGACAUAGGGCAGUGCUUAUGAAGUAUCUAUGUGAUCGGGUGGAGCCUCCCAUUCCUUGUGAGCUUGUCAGAGGCUAUCUGGAUUUCAUGCCACAUGCAUGGAAUGCCAUUAUUGCCAAGAAGGGUGAUUCAGUGGUGCGUAUGGUUGUUGAUGCAUGCCAUCCAACUGAUAUAAGAGAGGAAACAGACCCAGAAUAUUUCUGCAGGUAUAUUCCUCUGAGUCGGCUACAUGAUCCUCUGGAUAGCAAAAUGAUUGAUGACUUGAAUUGCUCUCUCCCUUCUCUGUCGUCACGUGAUGAAGUUGAAAAAAAAGCACAAACUUCUCUUAUCCAGUGUAAAUUUGGAUCAGUUGAGGCUGCAGCAAAGGUUCGUACUUUAGAAGCAUGCGAGGAAUCAGUGGAAGAUGUGAGAAAUUUCGAGUACACUUGCUUAGGAGAGCUUAGGAUGUUAAGGGUUCUAAACAAACAUCCCUGCAUUGUAGAAAUUUAUGGACACCAAAUCUCUUCCAAGUGGGUUUCUCCAUUAAAUGGAAGUAAAGAGUAUCGUCUAUUACAGUCUGCAAUUGUGAUGGAGUACAUAAAAGGUGGUUCCUUAAAGAGUUAUAUGGAGAACCUAUCAAAAGAUGGUAAGAAACAUGUCCCUAUGGAGUUGGCAUUGUUUAUUGCUCGGGAUGUUGCAUGCGCCUUGGUAGAAUUGCAUUCUAAGCAUAUUAUUCAUCGAGAUAUCAAAAGUGAAAACAUCCUGGUUGAUUUGGAUAACAAGAGAGCUGAUGGCAGUCCAAUUGUCAAGUUAUGUGAUUUUGACAGAGCAGUUCCUCUUCGGUCUUUCUUACACACAUGCUGUCUUGCUCAUGUUGGAAUUCCUCCUCCUGAUGUUUGUGUUGGAACACCUCGCUGGAUGGCUCCUGAGGUCCUUCAGGCAAUGCACAGACGGAAAUUAUAUGGACUGGAAGUGGAUAUUUGGUCAUAUGGGUGCUUGCUCUUGGAACUUUUGACGCUGCAAGUUCCUUAUGCAGGGUUGCCAGAUUCUGAAAUUCAUGGCCUACUUCAGAGGGGCAAACGACCCCGACUUGCAGAUGAACUGGAGUCACUGAGAUCUUCAGAUGAGCGGCAAACAAGUAGAUUGAGCUCAUCUUCUGAGUGUCCAGAAGGUGAACAAGAAACAAUGAGACUCCUUGUGGACAUCUUCCAUCAGUGCACCAAAGGGGAUCCUGGUGAUCGUCCAAAUGCAAGGCAUAUAUAUGACAUGUUGCAUGCUCAUUCCAUCUCUUUAACCAAUUCAACUAGCUAGGAGAAAAAGUAAUUGACUUGACUUACUGAUCUGGUCCUGUUGGUAAUCCAUUCCUGUCCAAAAUUUUGUAGCUCCUUACAUCUAGGGUGCUUCAAGUGUUAUAGGAUGCUGGCCUCGUUACUUAUCCCAGAUUCGGCCUCAACAUAGUGGCCCCAGUUGGGCUUCUUAGCCCCACGUCCCCCCUCUUUUCUCCUAUAAGUUCUGAGCGGUGAGCACUAGCUUAUUUAUCCUGUCUAACUUGGGUGGGCGGGAGUUCUUUUCUUUUUCUUUUUUUUUUGUUCUUUUCCUGUUCUGUGUCAUAAUUCUAUGUAGUUCGAGUUCCUCAUUCAACAAGUACUCCCUGUUGUACUGUAAUUGACGAUUGUAAUUGCAAUGUGACUGAUCAAAAUUUCCGAUCAGAUGUGGCACAUAAACAUUUUAAUACAUAGGGAUGAAGUGAUAGCAUAGCACUCAUUGUAGGUUAAGGGAUUUGACUAUGAUGAGAAGGUGUGUAUGUAGGGAAUUGUAUUCUGCAUCCUCUCUUCAAUUUAUCAUGCAGUUGUGCUCAAUGUCAAUGCUCACUCUUGGGAUCUAUUUCAAGGAA